CAUUAUUCCCUGUUUGUAUUCCUGUCUUGUCAAAAGCAAUGCUACUCUGUUCUGAUCCACUCUUUUCCCAGGGAAAGUGAACCUUUUGUUUUCAUUAUUGAGUGUCUUGCCAUCUUUCCUGUGUGUGAAAUGAAUUUAGAAUGCUCUUUUGAAGCUGUUGUAUUGAGUGUUUAUGUGUUCAUCUUAGUUUUGUUUCUUAGACAUCUUUGUCAUUUGUGUCUUUGUCAUCUGCUGCAGCCAGAAACACGAUCCACCGCCAUCAUGAUUUCCAAGGCCGUAAAAUCCAUGUUGAAGGAAGUAGAUUCUAACGGUAGCCUGAUUCCUGUGUCCAGUCUGAACGACAGCUCUGGUAAACUGAAUCUCCUCUCACUCAUUGUGAAGACCAGGCCCAGAUGUGGAUGCUUCUGGCAGGAACCGAAAUACCAGUCCAGAGGCUUUUCCCUGAGUGAUGUGCUGAAACCCGGAGAACCUGAAGACAAACCUUUAAACCCAGAUGUCAAGGAGUCUGACUUCGUGGACCACAGUGGGACAUUUGGUGACAUAGAAGAAAUGAAGGCAGGAGGAAAUGUGGAGGGAUUGUUGGCUGAUUUAAAACUUAACGUGGCCUUAAAAUACUCUAACGAACAAGAGUCGUCCUUUGGCAGACUGAAGAAAGAGGAGGUGAAAGUGAAGGAGGUGGUUAACUACUCGAAAGACAAACGCCUGGACAUGACCCAUCCUGUGAUCAAGCAGACCCGGGAGAAGCCCAGGGCAAUAUUAGGGGUGUUGACGGAGAGGAUUAUGACAUCACAACCUUGCCAGGUCACAAACAAAGUCCGGAAGCGUGGCAAUGCAGGAGCCAACAUGAGCGCCCUGAGCGUGAAGGACUCUAUGAAGCAGAGUGGCAGUACUCAGACAGAUAGUGAUGUGUCGCUGAAGAUUCCUGAAUAUACUGUCGUGGCCUUCAGUCUGAUUGAACUCUACGUCAAAUGCAAUGGACAGUUUGAGCUGUGCCUCUUCUCCAACAAUGGGGGCUUUGAAAAGGUUACGUCAAAGGAUGAGAUUGAAGAGGAUGGAAUUAUGGACCUGAGAGGCGACUUUGAUGCCAACAGCCCCUUAAAUCUGAACGAAGAACUGGAGAAAAUGAGUCGUCAUUUCCAGCUGCUGUCAGUCCUGCCAGCAGACACACGUUCCUCUCUGCUCCAGCUCCUCAAGACAACCAUGGAGGACAGAGAGACAGUCAGUGUGCUGGAGAGUGUGCUGGAUCAGUUGUGUGAAUGUGAGAUUCCUGACCUGGGUGACCUGGAAGAGUCUGAGAGGGAAACAGUCCAGGCCAUACUGGAUCUUGUAGACCAAUGUGUUGGGAAGGAUGAGGACGAGAUCAGAUCCUCACUUCUCAGUGCCGUCCACCUCAUUGUCAGUGCCAUGGACGGAAUGACAGAUGAAGGUCUCUCUGUGUUGGGAUCCUGUUGCAGUCCUCCAGUCUUACAGGCCCUGCAGAUCCUGGUGCAGCAUGUGGCAGCAGGGAGUGGGGAGACCCUCUCUCUGAGAGAUGCAGGUCUGGCUGUUCUGACUGAGGAGGAGCUGUAUCAGAGGACAGAGAGUCUCUUUGCCCUCUCCAAUGUGGAACUUGCAAGAUCGAAUGAGGACGCAGAAUUCGCAGUGACUUCAGUUAUCUGUCCUGGACACCUUCUUCUUGUCAUGAGUAUCGCUGUGAAUGGCCUGGCCUCUUUAGGAUAGAUUGAGCUGAAUAGAAACAUUCCUUGUGCUACAAAGUGGAUAUAUGAACUGCACCGCCAGGUAAGAAUUUCAGAAAUGUCACAUUUGAUAACAUAUUGUUGAUGAUUGCAAAGCGACAGGAGUAAAACAUAUCAAAAACAAGUAAUGCACAUGUGUGAAGAAAAAUGUACAAAAUAAUAUUCCCACUACUGUACAUUAAUUAAUGACACAUUCCUACUUCAUAUUUCCGUGUUAAUGGCUUUUCAUCAAAACGCAGUUGUAUUUACUUCUGCCAGAUGGCUUUAAUGACGUUUUUGCCCAUUGAAGACCAUUCAAAAAGCUUACAAAAUUCAAAAACUACAAGGCUAUUUUCAGAGUCACUUGCAGAGCUUAUAGUUGUUAUAAUGCUUUUUUAAUGUAUUGUUAGGAAGCCUAUAAC